CUUUAAAUACAUAUAUACAUAUAUAUAUAUAUAUAUAUAUUCGAUAUUACCAUGGAUAGACUUCAACGAUUAUUCGGAAACUCUUCGGCAGGUCUCGGUCAGACAAUGCAACCCGGUAUGGAUACACCUACAGUUGAUAAUGCAGAAAUGGUUUAUAUUUCUUCACUAGCUCUUUUGAAGAUGUUGAAACACGGACGCGCUGGUGUACCUAUGGAAGUGAUGGGUUUGAUGCUUGGUGAAUUCGUGGAUGAUUAUACUGUUCGAGUGAUUGAUGUUUUUGCUAUGCCUCAAAGUGGUACUGGUGUAUCUGUUGAAGCUGUUGAUCCUGUAUUCCAAACAAAAAUGUUAGACAUGUUAAAACAGACUGGAAGACCUGAAAUGGUUGUCGGUUGGUAUCAUUCUCAUCCUGGGUUUGGUUGCUGGUUAUCUAGUGUUGACAUCAAUACUCAACAAAGUUUCGAACAAUUGAAUCCUAGAGCAGUAGCAGUGGUAGUGGAUCCUAUUCAAUCUGUUAAAGGCAAGGUAGUGAUUGAUGCUUUCCGAUUAAUCAAUCCUCAAUCUGUGAUGCUUGGACAAGAACCUCGACAAACCACAUCCAAUAUUGGCCAUCUCAACAAACCAUCCAUCCAAGCAUUGAUUCAUGGUCUUAAUCGACACUAUUAUUCCAUCGCUAUCAACUAUCGAAAAAAUGAACUAGAAGAAAAAAUGCUACUCAACUUGCACAAGAAGAAUUGGACUCACGGUUUAACAUUAGACAACUUUAUCGAACAUACUGAAGUGAAUGAAGCCUCCGUUAAACACAUGCUAUCACUGGCUGAACAAUAUAACAAAUCUGUACAAGAAGAACUCACCAUGACUCCUGAUCAGUUGAAAACACGACAUGUCGGCAAACAAGAUCCCAAACGUCAUUUGGAAGAAAAAGUAGAUGCUGUCAUGGGAAACAAUAUUGUAAUGGCUCUGGGAACUAUGAUUGAUAGUGUUAGUUUUUAGUUAAUUUAGUCAAAAUAGUAGUUAUCACCUCUCUUUUUUUUUUUUGUUUUGCUUGAAUCAAAUAUAUAUAUAUAUGCGUUUAACAUACUUUA